AUGGUCUUUGAUAUAAGAAGAUUGUCAUUGUCAAUACGAAUGUCAAAUUAACCUAACCACACAAAUCAUAAUUAUUGUCAAAUUAAGUAAUAAAUAAUUUUUUUUAUUUAAAUUCUACCUUUUUUAAAAUACAACUGUAAAGUUUUUUAAAAAGUUGAAUCCAACCAUGCCAGCUUACCAUUCAAGUUUUCUGGAACCUAUACAGAUAAUAGGAAAUACGGCUAUCUUGCCUCUGAAAACACGAUUCAAAGGGCCUGGUCCUAUACAAUCUAAUGACCAGGAACAAGACAUCAUUGAUGAGUCACUGUAUUAUUUUAAAGCCAAUGUAUUCUUCAGGACAUAUGAAAUAAAAUCCGAGUCAGAUAGACUGUUGAUUUAUAUUACAUUGUACAUAACGGAAUGUUUAAAGAAGCUACAAAAAUGUAGUAAUAAAAAUCAGGCUUACAAUGAAAUGAAGAGUUUGGCAAUUUCUAGGUUUGAUAUUCCUGGAGAUCCAGGAUUUCCAUUAAACUCUGUAUAUAGUAAACCUGCCAACUCAAAUGAGGCAGACCAAUUUAAAAACUAUUUAACCCAAUUGCGACAGGAAGUUGGUAUGAGAGUAUGUGAUAAAGUUUUCGGUGAGGAUGGUAAACCAAGUAAAUGGUGGCUCUGUUUUGCAAAAAAGAAGUUUAUGGAUAAGUCCUUAUCUGGGCCAGGACAAUAAAUUAUAUGAAGGUUUAUUUUAUUGCAGGGUAUCACAGGGAUAAACAAAUCAUUUUAAAAAGAGGGUUACCUUUUUUGUAAUAAUCUGAUAUUGUUCCUACUGAUUGAAAUCACUCAAUUUUUUUUUAUAAAUUUAACAUUAUGUUACCAUUCCAAAUUCAUUCAUUUGGAAAAAAAAAUAAAUUUGGCAUACAUAUGCUGCGUUUGAAUAUCCACAUCUGAUGUAUUUUUUACAUUUCAAGCGAUUGUUUAUCCACAUUGGACACAUCUGUCCUACUACAACUUACGUAUGUUGAAUCACAUGAUCAGAGAUUCACAUCUCAAAUGCAUCUGAUGUGGAUAUUUAAACGAAACAUAUAUGUUUUAAAAAGAAUCUACAUACUCAAUUAAAAUUAUUAUGACAUUCUAAAUAUCUAUGAAUUAUCCAUAAUUUAUCAAAGCAAUGACUUUGUAGUCUUCAAUUAUUUUUAUUACACUAUUAUCAUCACUGCAUAGUUAAAGCCUUGUGAUGCCCAGAAUGUUUUAAUUAGUAUUUACCCACAUGGUUAUUUUUAAAUUGGUUUCAAACUGUAUGUAUAAGUGAGAAAAUAAAACUUGGAGAUAAAAUAAUUCAAACUUUGCAAAAUAACAAAUUCGAAAUAAAAUGUUUCAAUUUUGAAGUAAUAGAGGAAAAAUGAUUCUUACGAUGUACUUCCCAUUUAAAAAUGACCAUAUUUCAGUAAUUUUUAGGCAUACCUACCUAUUUAUAUUUUAAAAUACAACUAUAAAUUUUAUGUUUAUCUUUAAAGCAGUGAUUAUAUCAUUUCCUGUGUUUUUAUACUUUUAUUUAAGUAAAAAAAUUAUGUUUU